UUUUUUUGUGUGGAGCAGAUCGUUUUUUUAUUUGUUUAAUUUGCUGGAGUUGUAUUUCUUUGGAAGAAGUGCUCUUUAUUUUUUUGGAUCUGGGGUUACUUCGUCGCUUCAUUACGUAAGCCCCUUCAGAGCAUGUUUUUACCUCGAGCGAUUACUUCAGCAUGUUUUAACCUUGAGCGUUUUCUCCAUGCAUGUUUACCUUUAAUCAGUUAAUUGAAACUCGUUUGCUAUCAUAUCUCUUUAGCGAUCUUGCGGAGGAAACGUCAUCUCAUCCGUCUCUAUUUCUCUAUACUCAUCGUCAAAAUUUGAUUCAUAUGGUUUUUUUUUUCUUUUUUUUUUUGGGGUUUUAAUUUUGUGCAUUUGAUUGAUAUAUAAACAAUGCAGUCGAGACAUUCUCUUGUGAGUACUAGUAAAAUGUGCCAAGUUUUCAGUGUGUUUGCUUGUUUUGUUCUCAAUCUCGAGUGAAAGGAAAUUUAGGACCGUUUGAUAACAAUCUCGUUUCUAUUUUGUACUUGUUUUGUUGGAGGAAAGUGAAGAAGGGUUGAGUAGGGGUUUUUGCACCCUGUAAUCUUAUUCUCUUUUAGAAUUUAAGUUGUUGUUCAGUUGUUCUUGUAAUGAAUAUAUACUGCCGCUUUUGGUGAUUUCCCUUUGGUAGUCAAAACACAUGCCCAAUAACCUAUGUGUGGUAUUUGAAACGUCUUUCCUAGUAUAUCAUGAAUCUUUUAGACAAAUCUUUUAAAGAAUUAGAAGGCCGGGUAUAUAUGCGAUGUGUGAUUUAAUCAAAAUUAUGUUUUUACAGAUGGAGAAUGAGAAACUAUCAUCCCAUUCAAUCGAAUUGGGAUGCCAUGGAUCGCCAGACCAGGUGGACAUAAAACCACCAAAGUCUCCUGUGAAAAUGGAUAUGGAGUUGGACAGAAUUAGCAACUUACCGAGUGAUAUUAUAGGCAAAAUUUUGUCACAUAUGCCACUUAGGGAGGCAGUGAGGACUAGCGUUUUAUCCAGCAACUGGAUGAACAAAUGGACUAUGCUUACUCGUCUUCAGUUUGAUAACCGGCGCACCUCGAGUCAAAACCAUACAACCUUUGCUAAAAUUGUUGACCAUGUACUCCAAGGUCUCGUUGGCCCCAUAAACAUGUUCGAGGUCACUCUUUCCGGAUAUCAAGCUAGUGAAGAUAUUGAUCGAUGGAUUAUUCAUCUGUCAAGAAACUCUAUCAAAGAGUUGGUCCUUAACUUACAUACUCAGCAUAUCUACAACGUGUCUUCAUAUUUGUUCUCCUGUCAAAAUUUGAUUUAUUUGGCGUUACUUAAUUGUUUGCUUCAACCUCCGCCCACAUUCAAAGGGUUCAGGAGUUUGAAGAUGCUUGGUUUUAUGAAAGUAACUUUGGACCAAGGUGUGCUUGAGAAUCUGAUUACUUGUUGUCCUCUCCUUGAGAUAUUUGUCUUGAUCAACUGUGAUGGAUUCACCCAUCUCAAGAUUGAUGCACCGAAUCUCUCUCGUUUUUCCUUUAAAGGUGUUUUUGAGUAUGUUAGUCUUGUGAAUACCUUAAAAUUGGCCAAUGUUCGCAUUUGGUUGACUUCAACUUCGACUGUUAGCAUUGCAAAUAACCAAGGACGGACUGCUGGAAGUUGUAGCAAUUUGCUCAACUUUUUUGUUCAUCUGCCUUGGAUUCAAAGGCUUCGUAUCGAAAUGUACUUCUUAAAGUAUUUGGGUCUUGGAGUCUUGCCAGAAAAGAUGCCUCAACCGCUCCGAUACCUGAAGGUUCUGUCUAUACACAUAGGCUUCAAUGAUAGAAAGGAGACUUUAACUGCCUUAUGCCUUCUGAGAAGCGUCCCUGCUCUACAAGAACUAGAAAUUUUGGCCCGCAAAGGGGAUGAGGAUGUUGGGGGGAAAAUGAACUACGCAUUGGACGACAACCAGAAUUGCCAACUCACUCAACUGCGACUUCUGAAAAUAACCGAAGUAUCUGGUCUUAGCGCUGAAUUAGAUUUCAUCAAAAUUUUGCUUUCAAGUUCACCUGUGCUCGAGAAGAUGAUUGUGGAGCCAGCUGUUAUUGUCGGAGGUUUUCCGGAACAAGUAAAAAAGGUGCUCCCGUUUUGGUGUGUCUCGGAGAAUGCAGAGAUAAUAUACAUGGACCCUUGGUUCAUGUUUCAUCCAUGAAACAACUACGGCAGACACGGACUUGCUUGCUGAACUGAAGUGUGGUUUUGAUAGUUGGGUGCUAUCCCUAAUCUGUUUUUGUCUUCCCAGUUUAAAAUGGUGGGGAAUUUAUGUUUGGGUACUAUUACCUGCCAUUGUUUUCUUUGCAAACAAUAAUAUUA